AGCCGUUUACAACAAACUCUCGCGCAGUCGGUCUUGGCACCCUGAAGCGUGAGAACAGCGCGGCGACGGCGUCGGCGGCGGCGCACCGGCGCCUCUACUAACGCUCCAACAGCGCUCCAGCCCUUCUGAUACCAUACGCGAGUGUGUGAACAAUCGAGCGAAGAGGAAUCCGAGCGAGGAUGCCGUACUACGGUGACGGUGCGCCGUACGGCUUUUACGCCGGCGGCGGUGGAGCCUUUGCCAACCACAGCUCGCUCAUGACGGGCAUCAACCGCUACCACAACCCGAUAGCGGCGCGAUACUCGCCGCACCUGAGCACGAUCUCGGAGUCGCCCUUCGUCACGCUUCGUCGCUUCUCGCCCGCGGUCUCGACCACGACGUCCCACACGACGAGCCUGUCCAGGCCCCGCCGGAUAAUCGACACGGCCGACAUCGACGUGAGCAAGCCGCCGCGGACCCUGGCCCAAGAGAACCGGCCGCAGCGCCACCGGCUCCGCCGGGACCGGCCCACCAUCAAGAUCCGCUCGCAGGCCCUGAAGGACAAUCCCGCGCUGCGCGAGUACAACGAGAGGCACGAGAAGACGGUCGGGGAGCUGCUGGUCGAGAAGUUCCUCAUCAAGGACAAGGGCGAGCGGAAGAUGAAGCUCUACCAUCAGCCCAGCCUGAUGGCCAACGACAAGGAGUCGGAGGAGCUGCCGAAGGAGAAGGAGAAGGAGAAGGAGAUCCUGGCCGCCAUCAGGAGGAGGGUCACCAGACGCAUGACCAGGCGACGCUCCUCCGCCGACGUGCUGCCCCUCGACCCGGAGCAGAUCGAGCGGGAGGCCGUCCUGCAGGCGGCUCAGGCCGAAGCCCUGGACAGCCUCGUCGCCGAGGAGCAGGCCGAGAUCGAGGUCGAGGUCAGGCGGGGAACCUUCGCCAAGAGGCAGGCCAUGAGGCUGCCUAUGGAGGUCAGCGAGCUGUCCGAGACGGAGGAGGACGACGAGCUGGAGGACGAGCUGGAGGACGGCUCGAAGAAGCACGCCACGACCAAGAAGAAGAAGAAGCGACGGAAGAGUCUCGACAAGCUGUCGGUCAAGAGCGACGACGAGGACGAGCUCGAGAUCCCCGAGAGCGUCAUCGAGGAGGCGGAGGAGGCGGAGGAGGCGGAGGAGUUCCAGUGGGACGACAGGGAAAAGUGCGACGACGUCAGGGCCGUCCUGCCCGUGGAGAGCGAGGCGAAGGUCUCGAAGAAGGAGCCGCCGGUCGGCAAAGCCGAGGCCAAGGAGAAGGCGGAGAAGCCCAAGGACGAGCCGAAGCUCAAACCCAAAGACAAGAAAGCCCGCGAAAAGACCCCGAACCGGCUGAAGCGCACCGUGUCCGCGCCCCAGGCCAAGCUCGAGGAGGACGAGCCGACGGCCCGCUUCAAGGUCGAGGCCUGCAACAGCGUGGGCGACUUCUCCACCCUGUACGUCAAGGCCGCGGCCGAGAACUCGCGCAGCAUCGAGCAGUUCCGCGAGAGCGUAAGCCUGCCGGCGCCGCGUCAACGAGCCCCGGCCAGCAACAUCGAGACGGAAGUGCUGCUGCCGGUGCGCAAGCCGUACGUGCGCGACACCUCUCGAAACAGCGUCUACCUGGCGCUGAAGCCCAGCCAAGCGAAAAAAAGCGACGACGGCUAUAACUCUUCGAUUAUUACCGACGAGCCGCCGACCAAUAAGGAAAGCGCCGCCGAGUCAAGGCCUGCCAAGUGCGCUGCCGUCGUAGCUGCCGAUCGAUCGAAGAUAGAAAGUGCGUCUGAGCCGAUUAUUAGGGCGGAGGGGGCGCAGCGGCAGAUCGAGCGAGGUGCUGCUGUCGUCGUCGAUGAUAAGAAGCAGGAGCCCGGGGACAGAGCGAUCGUCAAGAAGAGCGCGGGAAGAGGCGGCGAGGAGUUCGUCUCUUGGUGGGACGAGAGCGAGGAGCCAGCCGAGCUCGAGCCGAAGAUAGAGGCUGCGAAAAGCGAAACCAAGCUCGCGGAGAAAGUGCCGGAUAAGCUACAAGUCGCCGAGUCGGUGGAGGCGAAGCUGAAGCCCGAACCGAGUGAACUCAAGACCAGGGUGGAAGUGACGGACAAGAGUGCAACCGUUGCGAAGGAGAAAGUGAGCAAGCCUCUGGAGGAGCAGCCGAAGCCGCAACCCGUGCCAAAAGUCGAGGACGCGAAAAAUUUGACGAGCAACCUAGUGUCCGCGUCGACUCCAGACAAGAAGCCCACCAGUCCCGUGAAAAAGGAAGUCGAUUCUAUUCCGGAAAAGAAAGCAACGAGUCCGGUUAAAGAUUCAAUUAAAGGAGUAGCCCCUAUCCCGGAGAAAAAAUCGAAGAAGGAAUUCAUAGACUCUGUUAAAGAAGUCGCCUCUACUCCGGAGAAAAAAUCGGAGAAAGAACUCAUAGACUCUGUUAGACAAGUACCCUCCAUUCCGGAGAAGAAGCCGACGAGCCCUGUGGUCAAAGACGCGAUAAAGGAAGUAGCUGCGAUCCCGGAAAAGAAACCGGAGACUCCGCUCGUAGACUCUAUCAAAGAAGUACCCUCAAUUGCAGAAAAGAAGCCGGCGAGCCCUGCCAAAGAUUCGAUUAAGGAAGUAGUCCCGAUUCCAGAGAAAAAAUCGGCGACUCCUUCUACCGAGGAGAAGAAGCCAGCAAGCCCGAUUAAAGAUUCGUUGAAGGAAGCAUCCACGCCGAAAGAUACAUCGAAACAAGUUCCCGCCAAAAUCUUGGAAAAGAGGCCCCUCUCAAACAAUGAGAUAAUCAAACCGAAAUUCGACUUGCCCAGAGAGCAUCAUCUUCCUCGCAUCCCGGAGGAGCCCAAGUCCGCAUCUCCAGAGAAACAGCCAAGCAAACCAGUCGAGCCCCUGAAAAAGGACAAACCCAAGAAGAAGCUCGACUCGGAAGCCAUAAUGAAGAUCGAGAAGAAGAUUCUCGAAGACUCCGAGUCGCCCGACAAAAUCCUCACCGGGGCAAUACCCGAGCCUGCGGUAUCACCGUCACCGGUCACGAAAAAAGAGCCGAAAGUAGGUCUCGCGACGGAGAAAAAGAGCGAUGCGACCGCAGCGCAGCCGGAAAUAGACUUCUGGAGCGAGAUCCGAGCCGAGGAGAGCAGCGUGAAAGUCACACCGAAGAAAGUUCAGUCUCCCGUCGACGAGCAGCUGCCGCACUCGAGGAGACACUCGCCGGAGAAUCUGAAACUCGAUCUGUCGAAGAUCCGCGACGACAGCGCUGCCCCGCCGGAGGAUCUGAAGACGCCGCUGGUGGAGGACCUGAACAGAACUCCGCUGGUGGAGGAGCCGUCCACUCCGCUGGUGGAGAACCUCAGCGAGGUGCCACUCGAGAAUCUUCAGUUGGAGAACCGCGUGCCCAACGGAGAGGUCCAAGUACCCCCGGAAAUCGUUGAACAGGAAAAUAAGGAGGAACAGCCGGAAGAAAGGGGAGGCAUUUCCGGCACCGUCAAGAAGAUCUCCAAGUGGGCCAACCAGGACAACCUGAACGAGGCCGACAAGGACGCCACCCCCCUCGCCUCGAAAGAGGUCAGUCCGCAAGCAUCGGUAGCUUCGUCCACGACCAAGAAGAAGGUGGUCAAGCGCAAGAAGUCCAGCGCCACGCCGAAGAAGAAGGCUUCCGAGAAGGGCGAGAGCGCCAAAACCAAAAAGGCUCCGGUGAAGAAGGUCGCAGCCUCGCCGCAGACCUCCCAACUGAAAACCGCCAUGUCGGCGUCGGGCUCGCCCAGGAACACACCCGGUCAGCGACCGCCCGAUCUGAUGAAGAUGUUCUACACGACACCGGCGAUUCUGCUGACAGCUACGCCCAGGGAUCUGCGCAAGGUCAGGCGCGCCAAGGUCAAGAGGAAAAAGCCACCGACCAGGACCCCCUCGCUCAGCAGCGACAGCACUGGAAGCACCAGGAGCACGGCGACGACCAGCACGGAGGAGGGCAGCAACUGCGAGGAGGACGAGGAAAGGAAGAGACUCGCUUCCACGAGAAGUAAUGACUCGGGAUUCGAUGGAUCGCCGAGGCUUUCCACACCGUCACAAUCGUCCGAGAACCAGAGGAACGCAGAUGGCGAACACUAUCAUCACAGCGGCCGGAUAACACCACCGGCGACGAAUUUGCCCAGGUUCAAGAAGUACGAGGUCACCGAUUUCAAUUUCCUCAAGGUUCUCGGCAAGGGCAGCUUCGGCAAAGUCCUGCUGGCGGAGCUUCGCGGCACCGAGUGCGUCUACGCCGUAAAAUGCCUGAAGAAGGACGUCGUCCUGGAGGACGACGACGUCGAGUGCACCUUGAUCGAGCGCAAAGUCCUCACCCUGGCGACGCGUCACCCGUACCUCUGCCACCUGUUCUGCACCUUCCAGACCGAGUCGCACCUGUUCUUCGUGAUGGAGUACCUGAACGGCGGCGACCUCAUGUUCCACAUACAGAAGAGCGGCCGGUUCUCGGAACAGCGCGCCAAGUUCUACGCGGCCGAGAUCUGGUCCGGCUUGAUCUUUCUGCACAAGAAGGGCAUCGUCUACAGGGAUCUGAAGCUGGACAACGUGCUGCUCGAUUUCGAGGGCCACAUCAGGAUCGCCGAUUUCGGCAUGUGCAAGCUGCAGAUUUUCCUGGACAGGACCGCCGACACGUUCUGCGGAACGCCAGACUAUAUGGCCCCAGAAAUAAUAAAGGGGCUGAAGUACAAUCAAGCAGUCGAUUGGUGGUCCUUCGGCGUGCUGCUCUACGAGAUGCUGACGGGCCAGUCGCCGUUCUCCGGCUGCGACGAGGACGAGCUCUUCUGGAGCAUCUGCAACGAAAGGCCCUUUAUUCCGCGAUACCUCAGCCAGAGCGCCACCGACAUCCUCGUCUGUCUGCUCGAAAAGGACGCCGGCAAGAGAAUACCCGGCCACGAGAUUGCCUGCCAUCCGUUCUUCUGUACGAUCACCUGGGACAAGCUGGAAAGACGCUCCAUGGAGCCGCCCUUCAAGCCGGCAGUCGAGCACACCCUGGACACCCGGUACUUCGACACGGCCUUCACGACGGAGCGACCCAGGCUCACUCCCGUGCCCGAGCAGAUACUCACCUCCAUGGACCAGGCGGUCUUCCGCGGAUUCUCGUACACGAAUCCCAACGCCACCGACUGAGAGCCUGCGCAUCGGUCCCUGCACCCCUGCAGCCGCGUGUUUUGGAGACACUCCGGGUCGGACGCUGCCUUUGCCGGCCCUCCCGGCUCGACGAGUUCGCGCAAACCUGCUAAACUACGAGCAAUCGUACAGGGCCCCGACGACUCUCGAACUGGGACGCGCCGAGGAGUCAAAGCCUGAAGAAAAACAAGAGAGGGAUGCCAGUUCUCCAGUCGAGAAUCGAGACGAGCGCUCACUGCGCGAACGCGAGUUCUUCCUCCUUUCGAGGGCGAAAAGUAUAUCUCGAGGUAGUAGCUCCGCGUGUGCAUAGCGUUCGAAGAGACGCAGCAGUUCUUUUUUUACCCCAGCGAGGGGAAAACGAUUGUCGGCGAUCACCUUGACACUUCCGUAUCGCGCUUGUAUCUAAAUCUGAUUUGAGGAUGCAUUUACGAUAUUUUCGAUGUAGAACGCUCGCGAGCGAGGGAGACGGGCAGCUGUCGAACGCUCAUGCUUGGAGCUGCUUCUGUCCGACGUUGUAAAUAAAAAGUAUUAGAUUAUAAUUAACGAGCUGUUGCAGGAUAUUUAUAUACGGAUUUUCUUAUUAUUUUCUUCUCCGAUUAUUAUUUCAUCUGCAUCUCCCACCCGCACAUGAUUAUUACUAUUAAUAUGGCAGAGGUCUUGUUGUUGUUGUUGACCGACGUGCACAUUUUUCUUAUGCUAUGCGCCGUUGUUCAUUGUUGCAAAUUUCAAAGUAAUAUUUUCUAUAUGUGAUGAGCAAGUUGAAUUUCUAUUGUUGAGAGAAAUUGGGUAAUUCAAAGGACGUAAACGUUUUGUAAAUGUGUAUGAAAUUUCAUUAUUUAUAAGGUAAUCAUCACUAACAUUAAAAAUCGAAUAAAAUAACGUAAAUCUGUGA